GUAUUAUUUAAAGAUAAAUACCUAAAAUAGAUACCUAUCUUUUAUACGAGAUAGAAACACACCUUACUUCAGGUAAGGUAAAGAACGUAAAUAAUUAACCAAUCAGAUGCCGUUUAUAUUUGGGAGGCUAAAAUUAGAACGGGUGACACAGGUAUAUAAAAUGGCAGCCUAGCGGUGGUUAGCAAUUACAUAAACAAACUCUCAGAUGUCAUUGUGUUGUAUGCGCCCCAAGACCAAGUUUGAAGAAGUUGGAAUGGCGGAAGUGCGAAAGAAGUUAGUUAUCGUGGGUGAUGGGUCCACCGGUAAAACAUGUCUAUUGAUGGUUUUCAGUCGCGAUAAGUUUCCCGAGGUCUACAUACCAACAGUGUUUGAGACGUACGUAGCAGACAUUGAGGUGGAUAAUAAACAGGUGGAACUGGCUCUGUGGGACACAGCGGGUCAGGAGGACUACGACAGACUACGCCCACUCUCCUACCCCGACACUGACGUCAUCUUAAUGUGUUACUCCAUAGACAAUCCCGACAGCCUGGUCAACAUUAGGGAAAAGUGGACCCCCGAGGUCAAACAUUUCUGUCCCAGUGUCCCCAUCGUUCUAGUGGGCAAUAAAAAAGACACACGCACUGAUCCUGAAGUGAUCAAAGAAUUGGAACUGGAGAAGAAAGAGCCGGUAAAGACCCAGGAGGGACAGGCGGUGGCGGAGCAGAUCCGCGCCUUCUCCUUCGUGGAGUGUUCCGCCAAAACUCAGGACGGUGUCCGUAAGGUGUUCGAGACAGCCACCCGGGCGGCGCUACAGGUCCGGAAAAAACGGAAGCUGCGAAAGUGUAAACUUUUGUGAUUUUAUGUUCAUUUACAAUUUUUCAUGUUCUUAAUUUUUAAAACUCUUUUUUAUGCAUAACAUAUCUGUGAUAGUGCAGGAUUGUAUCCACAAACUUGUUUUGUAUGUAGGUCCCUAGAUAAAGUUACUGCAUACUGUGAUAUUUCUGUUAUAACAUUUAUUUCAAAGUUAUUGUUUUACAUUUUUAGCUAUUAGCGAUGUUCAAAUUUUCUAAGUCAACGAAUUUGAAAUAAGUAUUCCUUUGUUAGUGAUGACUUGUAUUUAUAUGAUAUCGUAAGGCCCUUCCUUUGAUGGAUAGCCAUGUUGCCUAUGAUGUUGAAAAUACAUGUAUAUGUGUUCAUUCAGUUGUAGUAAUGGUGCAAUGUGGCCCAUUUAGGUAUUUAUUGAAUAUAAUUUGUAUAUGUAAUGGUUUGUUUGUGUGAAUGUGUAAAGAAAGUAAAUUAUUGUGUUAACGAAAGUGAAUGAUAUGUUGUAACUUGUUUGUUUGAAAUUAAACU